AUGAGGUGGGAAAGGGUGCAUGUGAACGCCAGGGCGAGAGAGACGCCGGAGGGGAAGAAGUCGGUGGGAAGGAAAGGCGGAGUAUGGGGGCCUAGGAGGCGGUGGGGUCACACAUGCAAUGCCGUCAAGGGCGGUAGAUUUCUCUAUGUGUUCGGUGGCUACGGCGAGGAUAACUGCCAGACGAAUGAUGUUCACGUCUUCGAUACCGGUUAGCUGAGAAUCCUUCUCAUCCCCUCUUUUUUGGUGUCCUCUUUGUUCGUUUAUCUGUGGGCAUUCCCAAGAGGUUUGUUGCUCGCUUGUAGAUUUCGAGGCAUCCUGCAUGUGUGAGAUGCCAAAAAUCUGAACUUUGGAACUCUUUCUUUGAUGUUUUGUGUUGAUCGAGUUGUACCCAAUUCAGAUCGAUAAAACCAGGCUAAUGUGGGCAUCGUCGUCGUUCCUUCUUGCAUGUCUUCUCGAAUGGUUCUUGAUUUGCUAUCCUUUUGCAUUCCCUUUUUUGGCUCCAAUCCCUGGAAAAUACUUUUUUGGGCCUCCUCUGGAUGUUUUCAUGGGAAAUUUAGCCGUUUGCUUGCGUGUUUCAAUCAUUAUGCAAUUUCCAGUUUGAAAAUGUUCAACACGUGCAUACGAUCAAUGACUGAAUGACUUGGGAUCUCUAGGAGUUUCUGUUUAGUUCCUGGAUCAGGCAAAUUGCGUCAAUGUGCAGCAGCACUUGCCUUAUACUUGUUUAUUCAAUUGCUUCAUUUCUUCCUAAUUUUUUGCUUCUUUUCUUGUCGUUGGUGGUUGUGGGGGAAUAGUUAAUGGCUAAGGUGUUUCACAAGUUUUUGGACCUCAGUUUCGGCUCCCUCAACUUCAUGACUCAAAUACGCAUGACUGUCUUUGAAACCAGUUUGCUUGUCAUGUAUUGUCAGGACUGUAAAUAUUCCUUUAGAUUCCUUACUAUUCCAUAACUAUAUUUCAUAGACGAAAAUGUUGCACCAAUAAUGAUUUUCUCUUCGUUGUUUCCUCUUCAGUAUCUCUCUCUCUCUCUCUCUCUCUCUCUCUCUCUCGGCAAUCACUUUAACUUCUACUGAAGUUUGGUUUGGAUCUUUAUAAUCUUUUUCUUUUCUGAAUAACUAAUUGACAGAUUAUCCUUCGUCCACGUUAUGCAUAAUUCUGAUUCAUACAAGAAAAGCCAAACGCUGUCUAACUUUUUAAGGAAAGUUUUUUUCCUCAAAUUUUAAAAUGUUUUUAUUUUUUCAUUCCUGUAUCUACAUAUGCCUAUGAUUUGAUAUUUUUGCAGGUAAGCAGACAUGGAGCAAACCGAUGAUGAAGGGUCUUCCUCCUUCGCCCAGGGACAGCCAUACUUGCACAACUGUUGGAAGUAAACUAUUUGUGUUUGGUGGGACAGACGGGAAGAACCCAUUAAAGGAUCUUUAUGUUCUCGACACAUGUAUGUAGAGAUGUAUUAUUUUCCUUAGCUUUGGCUGAUAUUUGGAAUUGAUGAUGGAAUAUCUUUAGUAGCUUGUGAAGAGAAAUGAAAGUGCUCGAGACAUGUUUUACUGUUACAUGCGAAUUCUCUAUGUAAAGCAACGAAUUUAUCUAGUGUCUUUGGUGACUACGGAAAUUGGUAUGAUGUUUCGAGUAUCAAAGUUUAUCCUGUCAACGCUGCUGUCUAAUAGUUGAACAGAAAGAAGAUUUGCUUCUGUAAGCUAACUUUUUUUGCUUGCUUAUCUUUUUUGUUUCAUUUUCCUCUCUCAUUUGAAAUGUUGCGGCCGGAUGCACGCAGGAGUUAUAAUUCUUAAUUUAUGAGUGACAAUGAUAUUUUUUUUAUAAAUCUUUGCAUUCUUAUAUACCCAGUGAUUUCAAAAUAAAAGGGUAUAUGUUUCUCUGGGUUGCCCAUAUACGGGAAUGAAUUGCUAAUUUAUAAACAAAAUGAAACCCCUUUAAACAUGGGAAUUUAUGUGCAACCAUAUCUAUUUGGUGAUCUCAUAUUAGGUUGAGAGCGUUUCCCUGAACUCGUGCUUGCUCCAGUUCCACAUGUAUAAGCUUGGGGGUUUAAGUUACUUAAACCGUGGCCACAAUCCACUAAACAUUCAAUAUAAGGCUAUUGAGUGAUACAGUGUUUGCCAGGGAUUGUAGUUUCUGAAAGAACCCAUAAACAUUUAAUUUAGGAGUUGGCAGGCCUCUUUAGGUAGCCAGAACUCACAGUAUCUCCAUUGAGUCAGAUUGAUCUGUGACUAACAUUUCAUGCGAGUGUCAACUUGUGGUUGGUCCUCUUUUGUUGUCAUAUGGAUAGAGCCUUUAGUUUGCUUGCAUCCACAGUUUGUUUUCAUUUGAUUGAAGGACCACAUGGAGUAAAUUUUUUGCUGAAACCUAGUUCACUAAACUGAAUUCGCACAAGGGUUUUUAGCCGUGUGAAGAUUCUUAAUCAUUUUCCUUUUCAUUUUCAUUUUCAUUUUCAUUAUAUUUUUGUCAGUUAUUAUGUUUAAUUUUGACUUUCAGUUCUCAUCUCAAAGGGAAGAUAGGCUAGGCAAUAUUAUGGACUACCGUGGUGAUGUGUUAAUGGUGAAUCUCUUGAUAAUAUCUGAUAAGAGGCUAAUACUCCCAUCUUGCUUUUUUACAGCAUCGAAUACUUGGAUACUUCCCAGUGUGUGUGGAAAGGGACCAGAUGCACGAGAGGGGCAUAGUGCUGCUUUGGUGGGAACGAGACUUUUUAUAUUUGGAGGAUGUGGGAAGUCUGAAAACAAUUCCGAGGAAGUAUAUUAUGAUGACCUCUAUAUACUGGACACAGGUAUUGUCUCUCCUCAUCUGUUACACAACCUUAGUUUACUAUGGUAUUCAAUGGACAGCUGAUUCUAAUGUGUUGUUGAUUUUAUCUUUAUUUUCUGACAGAACUGCUUAGUUUGAUUUCUCGACAUGAAAUUAGCCCGUCCUCGAUUUAUGCAUCAGACUUCUCGCAGAUGAACAUGUACCUUGCCUCUGUAUCUUAAAUCAGUCACAUAUGAAGCAUAUGAAUCUAAGAUUUAGAUUGCAGAAAACAAUGCAGAUAAGAUGCAGUUUAUAAGGUGCAAAGAAUUGCGUGUAUGUUGAAUUUUAACCAAGAGAAGGUGGUAAGCGAUCACCAUUGGUUGUUGUUGUGUGGCCUUAUAUAUAACAAUUAUUUCACAUAAUAAUUAACUUUUAUCUCAAAUCUCUGGUAAAGAAUUUGAUAAAAAAUUUAGUUGUUAGAUUGAUACACAAUACCAUUUGGAGAACAAGCCAGGUAUGGAGAUGAUAUUUUUAUGAUUGCACUAAACUUUCAUGCACUAUUACCCUUGGUUGCGGAAGAGAUCCAGUAGAGAAUUUUGAGUUCUUGCGUUGGGAAGCACGGAAGUGUUGUAUACUCAUGCCUUUGCCAAACUAAAGACGAUCGUUAAUAUUCCUUAUAUUUAGUUAAAUACGGGAUUACAUUUCAAACUUCAGGGCGUUAACCAUCUGCUGUUCACAAAAUUUUGAUAUUCUCUAGACUCUUAAUGGCCUCUCUUCUACUCUGUUUAAUAUGACAGAAUGUUUCACUUUGUUUGACAUAAUGCUGGCUUUAGCCUCCUAAAAAAUAUGUAACCAAUUACUAAUGAUGGACAUGUCAAUCUUCUUCUUUUUUUCUUAUGUUCCAGGUCACUCUCUAACUCUCUAUCUUCCGGUUUUAUUCUCCGUUCAACAAUAACCUUUUACACGUCAUUUCAAAGUAACAUUUAAAAAAUUCGGCUACUAUGGAAAAAAAUCGAGCGCAUUGUGAUGAAUCUGUCCAUUGGACAUGAAGGAUUAUUUCGUCUGCUUUUUGCAGACAAAUGUGUGAUUGUGAAUGCUAAUUUCUCAGAAACCUUUCUGGAGCUCUCCUAUUUUCUUUGAUUCCCUGAUAAUCAUAUUAUUUAUAUCACGUCACGAGUUUUAAGGUAACAAAUGUAUUGACAUUGUGAUUGAUAAAAACUAGCUCAAUCAGUCAUUCAUGGCAAACUUUAAUAAGCUCCUACAUGUGUAGGAACUGUAGUUAAGAGGCUUAUCGCUCUAUUCCUAUAGAUACGUUGGUCUAGUGACUAUUGGACAGAGUCUGAUAACAUAACCUAUGGUGAGUUCUAUCGACUCAGGAUUGUCUCCGACCUGGAUGGUGUAAACUCAUACAAGUUUGUGCCUCGAGCUCCAUCUUUAAAAAGGGUGAAGAAAAAUCAGAACGUGAGUUUGUCUCAAGCUGGUUAGGACCGAUUGGAUCAAUAGAAUGAACCAUGUGCUUUUUAGAUCUAGUCAUCUUAAAGCCACUUGACAAGAACAAUAGUUUAUUCCCCGAGGAUCUUGUGUUUCCUGAAGGAGAAUUCUAAGUUGUGUUUGUGCUACUAUGCACGGCAUCAAUUGCAUUCUGGAGAUUUUCUUGGUCUGGAAGAUCUUGUGUGCUAAAGAUCGAACAAAAUAUGUACUUGAAUGUUAAUGGUAUGCCUAACAAAUUUGCUCGUACUGCUAUUUUUAUCCUCGUUUAUUGAUGUUCACUUUAUUAGUUAAUGAUAUUAAAUCCUAAUUCGGUGCUAGAUGAUGAAUUACUGCUAUUUGAUUGAUUAAAUCUCUGCUCAUGUUUCUACGUCUUAUUUUGAUAUCUAUUUUUUCCGUGAACCAUGGUAACCUGUAAAUUGGAUCUUGGUUAUUUUGUUUACCAUGGAUGUUAACUUGCUUUAUUCCUCAUUACUUUCUCUUAAACAUCAGAGAACUUCAUCUGGGAGCGUGCUCUUACAUCCGGCACCCCACCAUCUGCACGUGAUAGCCACACAUGUGCAUCUUGGAGAAAUAAACUUAUUGUGCUCGGCGGUGAAGAUGCAUCUGAUUAUUAUCUCUCUGAUGUUUUUGUUCUUGACACAGGUAUGCAGACUCAAAUCAUCAUAAAAGACUAAAGAUCCUAAUUCAUAGUGUAUUUUUCUUGUCCGUCAAUGUUUUAUAGCUCUGACUAUGCAAUUGCUUGGGGUUACUGUGGACAAAUAUAAUACUUGCUGUGUUUCGCUGUUCUUUGACAUCUUAAAUGAAAUUCCCCAGUUUCUGCGGUAAAGCAAUCUAUGUGCAUGCUUAGUUGGUUCUCUUGGUGGAUAUCUUACUAUUUCUAGUAACAUUUGGGCUUGUAUUGGCAGAUAUUAUGGUGUGGAAAGAACUGAGCACUUCAGGCCAGAUGCUAGCUCCCCGUGCAGGCCAUUGUGCUAUGGCUCUUGGGAGGAACUUGUUUGUUUUUGGGGGAUUCACAGAUCACAGAAAUCUUUACGAUGAUCUUCAUGUGUUGAAUAUGGGUCAGUAAAAUCCAGUAUUUGUUAAUUUCGCUGUCCUCACAUUCAUACUUCAAUUUCCUAUCAUUUCAGAAAUGUUGGAAAUAUUAAGGUACAUUACUGAUUGAUGAAUUCAUAAGAUUAACACGCAUAACCAGGCCUGGAGUGUCUGGAUAUAUGGCAUUUGGGUAUUCAUUUGAGCUACCUUCUAUUUAUCAGCUUCUGCUUUUAAUUAUAUUUUCCAAGAUUUUAUUCAUUUGCCUAUCGCAGCACGCUUGAACAGUUUCUGUAACCUGUGGCACAAAACAGUGAUAUAUAGAAAAAUCGAGUCAAGAAAAUCCUUCGAGCAACAAUAAAGGUGGUAAAGACUACCAUUUAAACGGUUCUGAUUCGCGUAUCAUUACUUAGGGGAUCAUAGUUCUUGCGUUCUACCUCAGGCUGAUGACUAUUGAGUUUGACUAAUGGCACCUAAAAUUUAACUAUAAAUCACAAAAAAGGUAAAUAUCUUUGUUUUAUGAUUGUGAGGGGUAACUCCGUGGAAUAAAUAUUUCCAUAAUUGUGAGCAAAUAUAAGUUUUAGAAACUGCCAGUUCUAUUGCCCCUUUUGGAUUUCCUAUCUAGAUAGAUAACCCUUUUUUUAAUCUAAAAGGUGCUUUUAAAUGUCCUUGCAGAUAAUGGCAUCUGGAACAGAGUGACUACUGCGAAUGAGGGACCAUCAGCCCGUUUUUCUGCUGCAGGAGACUGUGUGGAUGCACGAAAUGGCAUUCUUGUGUUGAUAGGUGGCUGUAAUGGAAGUCUCGAGGCCCUUGACGACAUGUAUUAUUUAUACACAGGUAUGUCUGGCUCUCCUCUUCAUCUUUCUCCUCUCUGAUUACCAUUUUUAUUGUUUACUCCUAAGGGUGAGGGAAUCAUGCCGUCCAUCUCAUAGCCAGUCUGCUCCGAUUGGAAUAGGCUUUUAUGUUUUCAUCAUGGGCGUAAUUUCUCCUGAUUUACAUGGGACCAUAGUUCCCAAGUAUUUUUCGGCUCUACUAUAUGAUCCCUAUAGAAAAUGGAUUUGAUUAGUCUGUGGGCAUUCUGGGGAUCAACUAUCAUGUGAAAGGUGCAGACCAUCCGACUCAAAAGCAAUUCACUGUAAGUGGAGUUCACCCAUUUAUUUUAAUCAUAUGUUUAGUCUUCCCAAUCAGUUUGGGGCUGUUCUUCUUCACGGGGGAUGUAUGAUCAUGAUAGACUAUUAUUUUCUUUACAGUUUUUAUUCAUCUCGCCAAUCCCCCUUUUUUUUUUUGGUAGAUAUGCAGGUUGGAAACGGGGACUUCGAUGGAAAGCAAGAGAAGCUCUCUUUCAAAAAGGAGCUGAAGAAAAAGUGUCUAGAAAUCAGACAUGACGUUGACAAUGAGAUGCACAAGAUUGGUUCAAUAUCCGUCGGUUCCCAGCCUGGUAUUUUCCAAGUCUUUUAAUUAUGAAUUUUCUCGGAAAAAUUCCAGGUCAACUUUCCUGGGGAGUUCGCCUCAGAAAUUGUGAUCCAAUGGUUGAUAUCUACUUGGUGUCUAGGAAUAAUUUCUGAUCUAGCCAUCUGCCUUAAUAGUCAUAAGUUGAAAAAUCAUUUACCCCACAAAAAUAUUUACUUCUGUUGCCAGAUUAAUCACGCCCAUGCAUCAGGAUCCUUUUAUCCACUUCAUUAGGAAAAUAACAUUGUAUAUAGUCUGCGAUUCAUGUCCUUCCAGCAGAUAGUUUACAUUAUAUUGGGUGUGGACGUGAGCCUUCUGCUGAAAUGUAGGGAUAUCACUAUAUGACCAAAGUUCUUCCGAAGAGAAGACUUUUCAUGCGAGGGUUGUGGAUAGAUUUCCAAAUGGGUAUGCUGUUGAAACCAGCAUCAAUGGUCAACCCCUCCGUGGGAUCUUGCUGUCCUGCAACACGGGCUUUGACCCCGGCAGAUAUUCCCUGGUCAACAAGACUAGGUGGGGUCAACAAGACUUUUUCUUGCUUUUGAUUGUAUUUUAUUUUUUUCAACAAGGAGCUCUCGCGAUCAGGAUUUUUUUCCUCUUUACAUCAGGAGGAUGGGAACGGAUGGUGAUGAGUACCGGCAGAAAUUGAAGAUAGUCAAAGCUACCCAUCAGGCAAUAAAAAAUCCCCAUGAUUGCGAAUCGAUAGACCCAGUUCAUGCUCUAGACUUAACGGCAGUUGGGUCACAAAAGGAGACUCUUGGGUCAAACUCUACGUCCAUGACUCUAGCUGAUGGCGAUGCACAUCACCCAGGCAGGGUGAGCCCCUUUCAUCGACCACUCCGUGGUCAACCCUCUUUCUUACUCGUCACUUGAUUUGGGGUAUUUAUUUCUCGUCACUCGUAGAUAAAUGUGAUCUCAGAAGAUCAAAGAUUUGGUUUUUUUUAUUUCUCAUAUGACGAAUCCUCUUCCCCAUCCAGGGCCCAGCAUCAGAGACGCUGUCGCCUAACAGUCCCGGCUGCAAUGGCCCAAUAAAGGAAGCAGCUUUCGAGAACCCCACCGCACCCGAAGAAACUCUCCACAAGCUACAAAGUCAAGGUCCUAAAUUUUGCACCCAUCUCCUGCAACUCUUCGAGUAG